AUUCCGAUGUCAAGCUCGGUCAACAUUCCGGUUCGCACAAGAGAAGUUGCAGUGACAAUUUCAUCGGUCUCAUAGCCCGCGCAAGAGUAGGGUUCAUGGUUGAAGGGCCAGUCGCAGCGUCGGACCAUCUUGGAUUCAGAUGGACAGUACUUCAUCCAUGCUUCUUGGCCUGCAGUAGAACUCGCGAGGUACGAUGUCUACGUCGAAGCCCGCUUUGCUGGUCGUGCGACCGAAGAUGGUGGACAUACCAGCAACACAUCAAGAUCCGAAUACACGUCUGAAGAGACGAACUUCCCAAAGAGACACCAUGGCGGCGAGCUGAGUUUCCUCAUGGUCCGAAGAUUUACCAACUAUCCAUGUACAGGGCUGAAGAUCAAGAAGAAGGCCGAAGCAUUCCCAGAGCCAUCCUGCACGAGUCAGAAGACGUGGUGACAGCCAUGGUCAACUCCGACGACGACGAUGAUCAGGACUCUGACAACUGCGACGACUUCCUUGCCGACAUAGAGGAAGACCCCACGUCACACGUCGCCGACUACUGCUUCACUUCGGCUCAAGUCGACCAUCCGAGGAAACAUUUCCGCCAUCCGGGCAGUCAUGCGCUGCUACAGCCUCAAGCCUUCCGACGAUAGUGAUUGUAGGGAAGCCGUCAUAGUCAUCAACCCUGUGAUCAACGACUCGUUCAAUGUACAGGACGAGACCAUGCCUAGGGUCAAGAGAAGAAGAGUCUGGCUCACAAUAGACGUGACAAGUGCCUCGACUACAAAAGUAGAGCAUGCAAACAAGAAUCUUUGAUGGUAUCCACGGUAACUCUUUUGCGAAGAGACGAUACAUAUGCAAGUUGAGGAUGGCGUGGUAUGAUUACUUGUGACACGUGUUUUCGCUUCACAAAUCGAUAGUUCUUCUGAAUUGUGUUCGCAAAUUCAUUUGGGUGAUCUCGGCAGCACAGGGACACUCAGUUGAUCGAUGCCAUGA